CAGCCACCGGUUUUCUUCUAUUUGUUGCUUUUCUUAUUAUUCGUCAAAGCAUGUGUCUCAAAGCUCCCCAGCACACGCAGCUGAUUCGUGCAAUGCCGCCGCUCCGCCCAGUGGAAGUCCGACAAUCCAAACAACUGGAUAAACAACUGAUUAAACAACGUCAUAGUCACAGAACUCCGCAACUAGUUUUGGGACCAUGCAUUAAUCCCGCAUCAUUGUCUUGGCUUGUCGUGCCGUACAUACUAUUAUUAAAUAUUAUUAGCCAGCGUCGACAGCAUCUCACAUCUAGAGCUGACUCAUAUAUAAACCCUCCGGAUCCUGUGUCUCUUUAUCUGGUGAAACACAUUCCCUGUUAAACAAUUUACCAAACAACCGAGUUGCCUCUUAUAUCAAAGUCCUCCGAGUUCCUUCUACCCCUCGAGACUACCAACUACAGCACAACCAAAUCUCUCCACUAAAAUGCUCUUCUCCCAAAUUGUCUUGACGGCGGCCUCGCUGGCUGCCAGCGUCAUCGCGGCACCUAACGAGUUCCGUAUCAAGACCGUCUCGAGCUCUGCCUCCAAAAACGGCCUCUACGUCGAAUCCUACCACACCGGCGCCGGCCUCGCCGACCCCGUCCUGACUACAAGCACUGCCAACGCCGGAAAAUUCUACCUCAACAACACAUACUUGCAGCAGGAUAUUGGCCAGGAAUUCUCAUACGGGUUUGAGCUUGGUGGUGCCACCAACUACGCAGGCUGGGAAUUUGUUGAAGUCAACGCUGGCCAGGGUGUCCCUGGCUUCGUGGUUCAGAAUGGCAACAUUGUCUGGAAUUCGACCGAAUCCACCGGCUGGCUCGCCUGCGACUGGUGGCACGGCGCUCCUCAACUGUUCUGGUCCGUUGCAUAUGAGAACUUCACACGCCCUAUCAGCUGCAGCACUGUCAGCUUGACACAGGAAUUCAUCAGCUCUUGAACGCAAUGAUUACGAUAAUUAUGAUGCAUGGCUCUUGAAUUAUGUUUGAAAUGAGCGAUAUUGACGCGUUGACCUGCAUUUGCUGUUUACCCGGCUUGGAAGUGCCGUUUAGAUAGAACCUAACUCUAAUGAAAUAUGAAAAAAUUUGAAAAAA